UCUGUUCGUAGUUGUUCGUGGUCGAAUCAAUUUGAACACAAUCCCCAACUCGGAAGCUCAUGAUUAUAUAUAUCAUAAGCUUAAAACACAACAAUUUCGUCCCUACUUCUUUAAUAUUUACCGUAAAGAAUCUCAUCGACUGGCUUACUAUCCCUCUCGGCUCUGUCGAGCAUCCAGAUCGAAACUUGGGUUGCGACGGUGAUCGUUGAGACGGAACCAUGCCGGGACCUGGGCCUCACAUGCUCUACGCCAUGGGCUCCGGCAUGGCUCUGACCACUCUCACCGACGGCCGAUUUAGUCCCCACCAUACUCUCUUUUACUCCAUCAACGCUUUCUUCGGUCCCGACAUCGGCUCCUUCUCCGAUUGGCUGUCCUCCGUUCUUGGUUUCCCAGCAUCUUCCCUUCCCGACGCUAUCCAUCAUCCCGUCUUCUACAUCCUCAUUCUGGGUCUUCCUCUCUGCCUCUUCUACUCCUGGCUCUCCUCUUUUCUACUCCAUAAGGGCCUCCUCGAUUCCGUCUGUGGGGUAUCUCUUAAUAGAAGGCAAUGCUUGUUGUUAAUUUCAGCUGGUUCUUUUUCACACUUCUUUCUUGACCAUUUGUUUGAGGAAAACGGGCAUUCGUCCACGUACACUUGGAUUUUGAGCACUGGUUGGUGGGAGAACCGAGCACCAAUCAAUCCAGAUGCUGUUUUUGUUGUUGGAUUCUUGUGCGCUUGCUUAAUUGGUGGUUUUGUUUACAUUAACAGAGUGAAGUCUGGAAAGUCGAUUUCGAAACAAUGGUUUCAGUCCGUAAAGCUUAUGGUAGUAGUAGCUACCCUAUAUUCCAUGUGGUGCGCAAGCCAGAUAUACUGGGCUAGCCCUCGUCGACCAGCUGUCGGUGAAGAAGCUGAUUUUGGAGUUUUAGUGUUUCUGGUUUUCUAUUUUUUUCUACCUCAUUAUCUUUGUAUAAAGUCCAUGCAACCAAAAGAUUCUGAAACCAAACAUCUCCCAUUGUGAUAGAUGAGUUAUUCAUUUAUAUUACAAAACGUUCAAUAGACAA